CUCGAUCUACGGCGUCUCGGUUUGGACAAAAAGUGUCGUCUCCAGUCCAUCAAUGACGAUGGGUGACACGAUUUUUGAAGAAUUAGAAGAUUUGAUGCAUUUUUCUGUCGCCGAUUUGCCUGCUCGUGGAUAUGCAGUGAUGGAGGAGAUCAGACGACAAGGGAAACUGUGUGAUGUUACCCUAAAAGUAGGAGAGCACAAAUUCAGUGCUCACAGAAUAGUCCUUGCUGCUUCUAUUCCGUACUUCCAUGCCAUGUUCACCAAUGACAUGGUGGAAUGCAAACAGGAUGAGAUUGUCAUGCAGGGCAUGGAUCCCAGUGCACUUGAAUCCCUAAUAAACUUUGCCUACAAUGGACACAUAGCCAUAGACCAACAGAACGUCCAGGCCCUCCUGAUAGGGGCCAGUUUCCUGCAGCUUCAAAAUGUCAAAGAUGCCUGCUGCUCUUUUCUACAGCAGAGGUUGCAUCCAAAGAAUUGUCUUGGUGUACGGCAGUUCGCAGAGACUAUGAUGUGCACCACACUUUACGAUGCUGCCAACAUCUUUGUUCACCAGCAUUUUGUGGAGGUAUCUUUGUCCGAGGAGUUCCUGGCCCUUCGGCCGGAGGAGGUGUUUGAGCUCGUGGGCUGCGACGAGCUCAAUGUCCAAGCAGAGGAGCAGGUGUUUGAGGCCGUGCUUGCUUGGGUGCAACAUGCACGUGAAGAUCGUGAGCCAAGGUUACCGGAGUUACUGUCUAAAACCCGACUGCCUCUAUGUCGACCUCAGUUCCUUGCUGACCGAGUCCAACAAGAUGAGCUUGUACGCUGCUGCCACAAAUGCAGGGACCUUGUUGAUGAGGCAAAAGAUUACCAUCUGAUGCCAGAGCGACGGCCGCACCUCCCAGCCUACAAGACCCGACAGAGAUGUUGCACAUCCAUCGCAGGUUUAAUCUAUGCGGUCGGGGGCCUCAACAGUGCUGGUGACUCAUUAAAUGUCGUGGAGGUAUUUGAUCCAAUUGGAAACUGUUGGGAGCGAUGCCAACCUAUGAGCACAGCCCGCAGUCGAGUGGGUGUUGCUGUUGUGAAUGGGCUGCUGUAUGCCAUUGGUGGUUACGACGGUCAAUCACGGCUUAGAACUGUGGAAGUUUACAACCCAGAAACUGACACGUGGACCAAAGUUGCUAGUAUGAAUACUCAACGCAGUGCAAUGGGAACAGUUGUUGUUGAUGGCCAUAUAUAUGUCUGUGGUGGAUAUGAUGGCAAGUCCUCUCUAAAUUCUGUUGAGUGCUAUUCCCCAGAGACUGACAGAUGGACAAUAGUUACAGAAAUGAGUGCAAGCCGCAGUGCUGCUGGUGUUACUGUGUUUGAAGGCAGAAUAUAUGUUUCGGGCGGUCAUGAUGGUCUACAGAUCUUUAACACAGUGGAGUACUAUAACCAGCAUACAGCAUUAUGGCACCCUGUUGCUCCCAUGAUAAACAAGCGCUGUCGGCAUGGUGCUGCAGCCGUGGGCAGCAAUCUGUAUGUGGCAGGAGGUUAUGAUGGCUCUGCGUUCCUCAGUGGAGCAGAGGUGUACAGCUCAAUAACAGAUCAGUGGAGCCACCUAGUGGCCAUGAACACUCGACGCAGCCGCAUUUCUCUAGUAGCCAACUGCGGUCGACUCUAUGCAGUGGGAGGUUAUGAUGGACAGUCCAAUCUCAGCUCUUUGGAAAUGUACGACCCAGAAACGAACCGCUGGAUGCUUAUGACACCGAUGGUUUGCCAUGAGGGCGGGGUAGGGGUAGGCUGUAUACCCUUACAGCCAACUUAACGCCACAUCUCCCUCAGCCCAAAAGGAUUUUGAUAAUUUAACAAAAAGAAAGAAGUUUUUGUACUGAAUAAUCUAAAAAAAUGCACUCAUGAUCCUUGGUUCACAUGUUUGCAUUAGAGGUACCAUUAUUCAGGCUUUUAUUCUAAGAAAAGCCUAAAGCAGAUAUGCCAGUACACCUUUAAUGGUGACAUAAUCCUGUUCUGUUCGUUUGACGACCAAAUGUAGAAUUCAUACGUACGUUCAAAGACAUUGACAACAACUGGGCCGCACUUCUGCUAAAAAACGCACUUUUGCACUGUUAACAGAUAGCGUGUGUUGUGGGCCCUUUUAAGUAUCAGUUGUUAGGUAAUAUCAUGUACACAUAUAAAUUUGUCAUUUUUAUUCCUCUAAACUGGAAGCCAAUUUAGAUUUCUAGACAGGUAAAAGUUAACCACUGUUAACCCAUGCCAUAAUUGGGAGAAAGAGUAUAAUCAAGUGGGUAUGAUUGAGGAUAAAGCUGUUUUUAAUUCUAUUUUAUCAAGAAUCUUUCUUACUUAGAAGUAUGUUAAUCGUA